AUGAAAUUGGAAGAUUACCGUAAUCUGUUGGAUCAGAUUGAUGACCAGAUUUUAACCCUGUUACAGGAACGGGCAGCUAUUGUCAAACGUGUCGGUGAAUUCAAAUCGCGCACCGGCGUUGAACGGAUUUAUGCGCCGCAUCGAGAGCGGGAAAUUCUCUCUCGAUUGGAAGCGCAGAACCGAGGGCAAUUCCCCUCCGACGGGCUACACACGAUUUACACCGAGAUUAUCUCCGCUUGCCGUGCACUCGAAAGACCGUUAUCCAUCGCCUUCCUCGGUCCUGCUGGUAGCUUUGGCCACGCGGUGAGUUCGCAUCUCUUUGGCAAGUCAGUAAAGUUUGUUGCGGUGACGCCCCAACCUGACAUCUUUACGACUGUAGAAUCAGGUCGAGCGGAUUACGGUGUUGUCGCGAUCGAAAACUCCACGCAUGGAACAGUCCGUGAUGUUUUAGAGAUGUUCCAGUACACAAAUCUUCAAAUUUGCGGGGAAUGCUUCUUGCCAAUUAAGCAGCAUCUCCUCUCAAAAUCUCCGCUAGCACAGAUUAAAAAGAUCUAUUCCCACCCACAAGCGUUUGCCCAAUGUCGUCAAUGGCUAGGUCAAAAUAUGUCAGGUGUACAACAGAUUGAGGUCUCCAGCACAUCAGAAGCGGCGAAAUUGGCAGCGAGUGAGCCAAAUACGGCAGCAGUAGCGGGUCAACUCGCAGGUGAGACUUAUGGGCUAUCUGUGGUGGGAGAGUCAAUCAUGGACGGACCGAACAAUACGACCCGCUUCCUUGUUAUUGGAAGCCACUCGGCAGCACGAACUGGAAGAGACCGAACAUCUAUCCUUUUCGCGGUUAAGGAUAAAGUUGGCGCGUUGUGGGAAGUGCUGCAGGUUUUGAAAAACUAUAAAGUCAAUAUGAGCAAGAUUGAGUCCCUGCCCUCCCAUACCAAAGCGUGGGAGUAUGUUUUCUUUGUAGAUUUGGAGGGGCACGCGGAAGAUGGAAAUGUCCGAAAAGCACUUACAGAAAUUAAUGAGUUGUGCGUGAUGAUGAAAAUUUUGGGGACUUAUCCGAUUGGGGAACAGAGUGAGGGGUUUUAA